GUCGGAGAUCACCGGACCGCAUCACCAGGUUCCUAGCUGAUCAGGGUUAUUGUAUAUACUAAUUAGGGGACACUGCGAUCUUCGCGACAUUAAGUAGUCAACUAAUAAGAGACACGACACAGCAAUACCAGGCCUACCUCACACACCUCCUUGCAUCUCAUCUCACCUUCUCUCCAAGACCAAAAUACCUACCUUACCGCUUUAUAUUUCCUUUCUCUGUCUUCUUACUACUAUUAUUCACCUCCUAGCACAAUGAUUGCCCCUGUGACCCCGAGCGACACUGACGUCUCUGAGCGCGAGCUGGGCGUCAUGCCCAUCGCCAUUAUCGGCAUGGCCUGUCGCUUUCCCGGUGAUGCGUCCAGCCCCGAAAAGCUCUGGGACCUCUGUGCAAAGGGACAGAGUGCCUGGUCCCCAAUUCCAGACAGUCGGUUCCACGCGGAGAGUUGGUAUCAUCCCGACAAGGGACAUCUUGGUACAUCAUAUGUGAAAGGCGCACAUUUCCUCUCGGAAGAUAUCUCCCGGUUCGAUGCCGCCUUCUUCAACUUCACAGCUGAGUCGGCUAGCACGAUGGAUGCCGAGGUGCGCAUGCAAUUAGAAACCGUCUACGAGGCUUUGGAAAGUGCGGGCCUUCCCCUCGACCAAGUGGCUGGCUCCCGCACCGGUGUGUAUGCCGGUACCUGUUUCCGAGAUAACCACGACAGUCUGAUGCGCGACCCCGAUACGCUCGCUCGGCUUUUCCUCACGGGCAACGGGGCGGCAAUGAUCGCUAAUCGCAUCUCCUACUUCUUUGAUCUCCGCGGGCCGAGUUUGAUGGUCGACACUGGAUGUUCGACGACGCUGACGCUGUUGCAUUUGGCGUGUCAGAGUCUCCGGGCGGGGGAGUCAGAAAUGGCGAUUGUUGGCGGGUCGAAUAUCCUGCUCAAUGCGGAUAUGUUCAUUGCUGGCUCGAAUCUCAGCGUUCUGUCGGGGGAAGGACGCUGUUUCGCCUUUGGUUCCCGAGCCGCGGGCUACGGUCGUGGUGAUGGUAUCGCCAGUAUUGUCAUCAAGCCCUUGGUGGCGGCACUGCGCGAUGUAGACCCCAUUCGCGCUGUCAUUCCCAGGCGGCUCAGGAGGAGCUGGCGCGAGUGCUAUGAAAUGGCUGGCCUCGAUCCCAGCGACACGAGCUAUGUCGAAGCUCACGGCACGGGCACACAGGCAGGCGACACCAUUGACGCCCAUGCCAUCGGUCAUGUUUUCAGGGCUGGGCGCAGUGUCAACCGCCCCCUGGUCAUCGGGUCAGUGAAGACGAAUAUCGGACACACGGAAGCCGCCAGUGGUCUGGCGGGUGUGAUUGAGGUGGUCAUGGCGAUGGAGAAGCAGGCGAUUCCCCCGCAUCUGAACUUCAAGUCUCCAAAUGAGAAGAUUUCGCUAGAUGCGCUGAACUUGAGAAUUCCUCUCGAGCUGCAAGAAUGGCCGUCUCCCCUGUUGCGGCGCGCAUCUAUCAAUAACUUCGGGUAUGGAGGUGCCAAUGCUCAUGUUAUUGUUGAGAGUCCAGAAAACAUGCUGCUACCGAUGACGCCUUCCUCGAACACGCACACCCCCAACCCUAAGAAGCGCUCACGUAUGUUUGUGCUUAGUGCCAAAGACCCUGCAGCUGUUCGCACCAUGGGCGAGAACCUCCAGAAAUAUGUCGCAGCCCUGACCAGUGAAGACGAGGAACAAGUCCUCGACCAGCUCGCUUUCACUCUCGGACAACGACGCACCCGAUUUCCCUGGACUACGGCCUGGAGUGGCUCAUCACUCAGCGAAAUACACGCUACACUCGACUCCGCCCGGUCGGCUCAGCGUAGCACACGCGCUCCUCGUGUGGGCAUGGUCUUCACCGGUCAGGGCGCGCAAUGGUUUGCCAUGGGUCGCGAACUGUUCGGUGCUUACCCGGUGUUCCGCCAAACGAUGCACGAGAUCGAUGCAUGCCUCAAGACCAUGGGAGCUACAUGGUCGGCGGUGGAGGAACUUGAGCGUGACGCCAAGGAGAGUCGCAUCAGCCAGGUCACUUACAGUCUGCCACUGAGUGUUGCCAUCCAACUCGCCCUGGUUGACCUGCUGCGAUGCUGGGGAAUACGACCCGCCGGAGUGACGGGUCAUUCCAGUGGUGAGGUCGGUGCUGCGUAUGCCGCCGGAGCCAUCACUCUGGCAGGCGCGAUGGCAACUGUAUACACCCGUGGCGAUCUGACGAGCCAGUUCCAGAAGCUCCUUGAUCGCCGCGGAGGUAUGGUCGCCGUGGGUCUCGGACGUGAUGGGGCUGAGAAGGUUCUUGCCGAAGUUCGAACCGGCACGGCAGUCAUCGCCUGCGUGAACAGUCCGUCCAGCGUGACAAUCUCUGGUGAUGAGUCGGCCGUGGAGGAAGUCGACGCCCUCCUCACGGCCCGCGGUGUCUUCGCGCGUCGUCUUCGUGUCGAGGCGGCCUAUCAUUCCCACCACAUGCUGCCCCUAGCUGAGUCCUACCGCGUCUUACUCGCUCGAUUCCUUGAGCCCAGUCCCGAGUUCGACCCUAGCGUGGUCUACUCAUCUCCGACAACGGGUGACCGAAUCAGCUCUGCUGCCGAGAUCGCUCACCCCGACCAUUGGGUGCGUAAAAUGGUGCAGCCUGUGGAGUUCUUGGAAUCCUUACGCAAUAUUUGUUGCGAUGGCACCGACACAACCAACACCGCCAUCGACAUGCUCGUUGAGGUUGGCCCGCACGGUGCUCUUGCUGGUCCCAUUCGGCAGACGUUGGCGCUGCCCGAGCUGAAAGACGCCGGAAUCACCUAUGCAUCGUGUCUCUCGCGGGGCCAGGAUGCCGUCCAGACGAUGCAUCAAGUCGUCUGCACACUCCUCCAAGCUGGCUAUCCGGUCGACCUGGAGGCUGUUAACUUCCCCUACGGCCGCAGCGACGUGCCCGUGCUGACCAACCUCCCUCCCUAUCCAUGGAACCACGAAACGUCGUACUGGGCCGAGCCUCACCGCAAUCAAGAGAUCCGCGGCCGAACCGUUGGCCCCCAUGAUCUUCUCGGUGUGCGCGAUCACGUCGUACACGGCGCGAUUGUCUACCCGGGAGCGGGAUACAUCAGCAUGGUGAUCGAAGCACUGCGACAGCUGCAGGAGAUCCGAAUCCGCAACCCGUUGAUCUUGGAAGACACCGCAGAAGGGGUAGAGGUGCAAUUGUCGCUCCGGCCAUGUGGCGAUCAAGUUCGUAAAGCUCAAGGGUGGUAUGAGUUCCUGAUUCAGUCUGUCAACCCGACAAUUGAUUCAUGGACGCUGCACUGCGAGGGUCUUUGCUGCACAUCCUCGCCCGCUCAGGGCACCAGCUGGGCAGGUCCUCCUGCUCCGAUUGCUGCGCCAUCCUUAGUGGACAGCAGCGCGUGGCGUACCUUUAGCCCGGCGGAGACGUACAAGACGUUUCACGACGUCGGUGUAUGCCACGGUCCUAUCUUCCAGAACCUGGUGUCCGCGAAAUCCGCGCCCGGAUAUUCGCAGUCUGUGUUCCAGGUGGCCGACUCGGCGGCCACCAUGCCCCAGAAAUAUCAGCAGUCACAUAUCAUUCAUCCGACUACACUGGACACCGUCUUCCAGGCAGUGUACCACAACCUUCCUGCGGGAGCGACCGAGCAGCGCACCGCCAUGAUCCCGAUGUCGAUUCAGAACUUGUACAUCUCGGCCGCCCUGAUUUCGUCGCCAGGCCACCAGUUCCGCGCCGAUUCGACCUUGGUGAAAGCCAGUGGACAAGGGUUCGAGUCCUCCGUCCGCGUCGUUAACGCAGGCGCUGAGGCCGAGGCACCGGUCUUCACCCUCGAUGGGCUCUUCUGCCAAUCAUUGGGGUCGAGUGCUGCCGUGUUGACGCCCAAUGCCAAACUCUGCUACACGUCGGUGUGGAAGCCUGAUUUCGACUUCGUUCAACCGGGACAUCUUGUCAAGGCUGAUACGGCGGGUGUGGCACAGCCCAGUCUCUCUCAGCUGCAAGCGGCUGUGGUGGUAUUCAUCGUAGAUGCCCUGCAAGAGUUUGAGAACGAGCAGGCGAUCGCACCGGAGUAUCUUAAGUACUGGGACUGGAUGCGACCCCCCAGCGCCGAACUGGUGGAGCGCGCGAACAAGGUCCUUCACAAGGAGGCGAGUGUUGAGUACAAGGUUCUAAGUCUGAACGCGCAGGCUGCCGAUCAGGGUUAUGUCCGAGGCAGUUACGAUCUACUAAUUCUGUCCGCAUCGGCGCUGUUGGCUGCGGAGGACGUGAUCCAGACGCUCAGCUCACUGCAUACUCUGCUUGCUCCUGGCGGUAAAUGCGUACUCUGGAGACCCAGCUUGGGUGACAGUGCUGUGCAGGCUAUUGUCAGACUUCUGACCGGAUGGAAUGAAAUUCUUGAUGCCACAGCCACGUGGGAGGAACUUCUAGUACAGGCCGGUUUCGAGUCGGGCAACUUCCAGCUCAAGGAGGACCUGAACACCAGCGGGUUCCAAGGAGAAAAAGUCAUUGCGACCGCGAAGGCCGACGCGACGACCGACUCUGCCGCCGAGGUGAUUCUGGUUUCCGCCACCAGCCCGCCGGAACACUGGCAGCAGGCACUGCAGCAAUCGCUUCCCGCCGAGGUUGUCUCGGGGAUUUCCGUGGCCUCGUCCCUGGAGGAGGCCCACGCUGACGACAAGGUGUGUAUCAUCUUGGUCGAGCUUGUUAACCCACUACUUGAAGAUCCUUCCGCGGAACAAUUCCAAGCCCUUCAACGCGUGCUAGGUAGCUGUCGGACGACCGUGUGGGUGUCGCGCGGUGCACAGGGCAAUGCUGAAGAACCCCGAUGUAGUUUACAUCAGGGUCUCCUGCGAACGCUGCGCUGCGAGAACACCCUCCGCCAGUAUGUCUCGGUGGGCUUGGAUCACAAUGCGGCCACCUGGUCACUGUCUUCGGCCACAGCUAUCGCCCAGAUCCUUUGCAGCACGCUGACUGCAUCCUCCGCUCAUCUCCCGGAGACGGAAUAUGUGGUACGCGAUCCGGUGGUCGAGGUCUCGCGGGUCUACGGGGACGCGCAGGAAGCCCAGCUCGUGGGGACCGCUCAACCUCAAGCGCCCGAGAGGCGCCCCUGGUCUACUCCGGGCCAGAACAUCCGACUGGGCGUGGCCACACCGGGUCUUCUGAACAGCCUGGUGUUCACCGAGCACCCGACGGUGGAAGAGACCCUCCCCGACGACUGGGUGGAGAUCGAGCCCCACGCGUUCGGACUCAACUUCCGCGACCUCAUGGUUGCGCUGGGUCAACUCGACGAAACGCGGAUGGGCUUCGAAUGCAGUGGAGUGAUCACCCGUGCCGGACCGGCCGCGCGCGCCGUAGGCUUCAGCCCCGGACAGGGCGUGUAUGCCUUCAUCAUCGGCUACUUCGCGACCAAGGUGCUCAUCCCCUUCACCAGUGUGGCCCCCAUCCCGGCGGGCAUGGACUUCGCAACGGCGGCCUCGAUCACUCUUGUCUUUAUCACCGCCUACCAUGCCCUUGUCGACCUGGCGCGACUCCAGCGCGACGACACGGCGCUCAUUCACUCGGGCACGGGUGGUGUCGGCCAAGCGGCCAUCAUGCUGGCGCAGUCGAUCGGCGCGGAACUGUUCGUCACGGUCGGAACGGAGGAGAAACGCGAUUUCCUGAUGCAGCAAUACGGGAUUCCCUCGUCACACAUCUUCAGCAGCCGCAACCCGUCCUUUGCGCGUCAUAUCAUGUCCGCGACGAACGGGAAAGGGGUGGACGUGGUGCUCAACUCGCUGGCGGGCCCGCUGUUGCGCGAAACGUGGCCUAUCGGCAAGCGCGAUAUCGAGCAGAACAGCAUGGUGGAGAUGGGGCCGUUUGUGCGCAGUACGAUGUUCGCGUCGCUGGAUCUGAUCACGCUCGGGGAGCAGCGAGGCCAGGAGGUGCGGCGCAUCUUCGGAGCGAUCAACGAGCUGCUGAAGAAGGGAGCGAUCCGACCGGUGGGACCGAUCACACGGUUCGGCAUGAGCGAGGUUGAAAAAGCGUUCCGCACGAUGCAGACGGGGAAACACAUGGGAAAGAUUGUGUUGGAGCCUCGCGUUGGAGAUGCUGUGAAGGUGAAGCCGGCAGGACCGCGACCGGUUGAGCUAUCACGUGAUUCCACCUAUAUGGUGGUGGGCGGUGUGGGCGGCAUCGGCAAAAGUCUCGCGCAAUUGCUGGUCGAUCGCGGCGCGUCGCAUCUUCUCCUCCUCUCGCGCAAUGCUGCUGCUGCUGCUGCUGAUGCUCGCAACUACCCUUGGCUGGCUGGGUUGCAGGCUACCUCUGGCGCUAAGAUAGUGCUCGAGAGUUGCGAUGUGACCAACCGCGCUCAGCUGCAGGCCGUCUUGGACAAAUAUGCUUCCGAGCUACCUCCUAUCCGCGGCGUCAUUCAGGCCGCUAUGGUGCUGAAGGAUGGAAUCUUCGAAUCCAUGACCCACGAGGACUACCUGGCUGCCCUCAACCCCAAGGUACAGGGGACUUACAACCUACACACUCUUCUCCCCGCCGAUCUCCAGUUUUUCAUCUGCCUUUCCUCCAUCAGCGGUUUCGGUGACAACGUGGGCCAAGCCAACUACGCGGCUGGGGGUAGUUACCAGGAUGCUUUGGCCCGUCACCGCGCCAGUCAGGGCCUUCCCGCCGUCUCCAUCGACCUGGGCAUGGUCUCCUCGGUCGGAGUAGUCGCGGGCACGCAGCACGUUGCCCAUCACCUCGAGAAACUCGGUUUGCGCGCCGUGUCUGAACAGGAGGUCUGGGCCUUGGUCGAGUCCGCCAUCCGCCAGCCCAUCCGGACCCCGGAAACCUGUCAGAUUGUCACCGGUCUUCCUGGUGGAUUUGUUCGACCGGAGACGGCGGUCUGCUGGAACCGGGAUGCCCGGUUCGCUGUUUUGGAGCAGAAGGAUGCCUCUCUCGCGGGCCCUGCGUCCGGGUCCACCCCUGGAGCCGGUAUGAAGGAACAGUUGGCGGCGGCCACGACGGCGGCGGAAGCGACCGCCGUCAUGCAAACCGCGUUGGUCACAAAAUUGGCCGAAAUGUUCAGUAGUAGCGCCGAGGAGAUCGAUCCGACCUUGCCCUUGGCGCAAUUCGGAGUCGACUCGUUGGUGGCCGUGGAGCUGCGCAAUUGGUCGGUCGGGAUGGUGCAGGCGGAUUGUUCGAUCUUUGAUGUCAUGCAUGCGGCCUCGGUGACCGGGUUGGCCGGGAAGAUGGCCGAGAAGAGUCGAUUUGUGAAGCUGUAGGGAGACAGAGAUUGAUUUAUAUACUGUAUGCGUUGCAUUGCUGGCGUCCAAUGAAGUUUUGAUCUGGUCUUGUUUCAUCUCUGUAAGGAGUCGAUGUUGUGG